UUAAAUAUAUACAUAUACAUAGCAAAUAAUAAAAGUAUACUAAUGUACUAUACUAUUACUAUUUACUAUUACCAGCAAAAUUAUUUUUCCCUCAACGAAUUUUUUGAGUAUAUAAAAUCCACCUUCUAUUCAUCAAAAAAAAAAAAAAAAAAAAACCCUCACCUUUUAUAAAUAAUCAUUUUCUAUAUAUAAUAUAUAUUUCUUAAAAACAUGCAAUUUAUUCUGAUGCUCGUAUUUUCAUCUCCAAACCAGAUCGGAGGACAACACCAGCUUCCCAUAAUCUCUUAUAUUUCUAAAGGUGUUGUUUUGUCUGGUGGAAUAUGUCCCAUUACCGAGAAGAUGAUGCUGAAUACAUGGAUGAGUAUGACUUAGAAGACAUGGAUGAUGACAUGGAUGAAGAGUUUUGUGGCAGAGAUAUGUCUGGCUCAGACUCUGAUGUUGAUGAAUAUGACGACUUGAAUAAUAAGAUAUCUGAUACUUCUGCUGCUCAAGCUAGAAGAGGAAAAGACAUCCAGGGAAUUCCUUGGGAUCGCCUUAGCAUCACUAGGGAAAAAUAUAGGCAAACAAGGCUAGAACAGUACAAGAACUACGAGAAUAUCCCUCUGUCUGGAGAAGGGUCAGGGAAGGAUUGCAAAGUUACCAAGAAGGGUGCCUCAUAUUAUGACUUCAGACUAAAUUCAAGAUCUGUGAAAUCAACAAUACUUCAUUUUCAGUUAAGGAACUUGGUAUGGGCUACAUCAAAACAUGAUGUUUACCUUUUGUCACAUUUUUCUGUCAUGCAUUGGUCUUCAUUGAUACAUGGGAAGCGUGAAAUUCUUAAUGUGUCUGGUCAUGUGGCACCAUCUGAGAAACAUCCUGGAAGUCUGAUGGAAGGUUUUACACAAACUCAAGUCAGUACCCUUGCAGUAAAAGAUAAGCUGCUAGUUGCUGGAGGAUUCCAGGGUGAACUGAUAUGCAAGCAUUUAGAUCGACCUGGAAUAAGCUUCUGCUCUAGGACAACUUAUGAUGACAAUGCCAUUACAAACGCUGUCGAGAUUUAUGUCACUCCAAGUGGUGCAGCUCACUUUACUGCCUCAAAUAAUGAUUGUGGAGUCAGAGAUUUUGAUAUGGAGAAAUAUCAACUUUCUAAGCAUUUUCAUUUUCUUUGGCCGGUCAAUCAUACUUCUUUGAGCCCUGAUGGGAAACUUCUAAUAAUAGUUGGAGACAACCCUGAUGUUAUGUUGGUGGACUCUGACACGGGGAAGACUGUUAUGCCUUUGCGUGGACACUUGGACUUCUCAUUUGCAUCAGCAUGGCAUCCUGACGGUGUCACUUUUGCCACCGGGAACCAAGACAAAACUUGCCGGAUUUGGGACGUUCGGAACUUGUCCAGGUCAAUUUCUGUUCUCAAGGGAAAUCUUGGAGCAAUACGGUCUAUACGCUAUACAUCUGAUGGUAAUUACAUGGCAAUGGCUGAGCCUGCUGACUUUGUGCAUGUGUAUGAUGUGAAAAGUGGGUAUGAGAAUGAGCAAGAAAUCGAUUUCUUUGGUGAGAUAUCUGGCCUAUCCUUUAGUCCGGACACAGAGUCUCUCUUUAUUGGUGUAUGGGAUCGUACAUAUGGUAGCCUUCUUGAGUAUGGCCGUCGGAGGAACUACUCAUACCUUGAUUCCCUAAUGUGAGUUGAUUGUGCAGUACGCAAAAUAAAAAUGUUGGUGUGGUUGAUGGUAUUUGAGGAAAUUUGUAACAUUCCAAGCUGUAGAAGAGGGUUGUAGGUGUAAAUGUAAACUGUAUUUCGUAAUUUUAGGUUAUUUAUGUUCAAUUAGAUUUUAGUUCAUUGCCACUUGUGGGGGUCAAUCAUCGUAAGAUGUUAAUGGUAGGGGGAUGUACAGAAGGCUAGACAGAGCUGUUCAUGUGAACAAGAAGAAUGAAGGCGGGGGGGUUCUUUUUAUUUUCUUUAAUGAAUCUGCCAUUCAAAUGACUAUGAUCCUGUUGUGCAGGAUAAUUUGAGUUUGCAUUUUCGUGGUAUUUGGCCGAAAUGAGUUUUUAACUUUGUAUAUAAUCAAACUAAGCUCAGCCAUAUUUAAGGCAUUUCUAAAUGAGCUGAACAAAAACGUUCACACUCUAUAAGAACUUAGCUAAUUGUAAACCAACCAAAGUUUGAUUAGAGCCAAGCUGGACUUCUGAUAAAAGAAAAAAAAAAAAGGCACGAUUAGAUGGGCUGGAUUUAGUAAAUCAACCAAGUUGUAAUAAAGCGAGGAGAUGCAGGCCAGGGUGCUUGACAAUUCGUUUACUAAAAUUGUGGUGUUAAAAACAGUUUCAAUUUCGGCCGUGAAUCGAACACCUAACCCUCUGAUUUGGCCACCCCUUGUCUGUAACUGUAAAUAACUAAAUAUUCCCCAAGCUAAAUUUCUCAAACAGUCCAACGACUUUUCAGCUUUUCUCAUUUGGACCCAAAAAUCUCUAUCCAAAAGAAACCAAUGAAACAAAGCCAAGUCGACAUCCAA